CGAACGCCAAUAUUAUAGACAAGUAUUUUGCUUUAAAAGAACUACCAUUAAUUUUAGACCAUUACUUCAGUAAAUGGAUGCUCUUGGAAAUUCAAAAAUGAACUUUUCAACAGAAGAAACACCAAUAUCAGAUCCAACAACAAGUUUAAUAGUGAAAGUCUGGUCUAUUUUUGAUAGACACAACCUUGGCUUGAGGUUGGCUAGCAAUGAGAUGAGAGAAAUAUUUCAGCUGGUUAAUUAUGUCAGCCUCUGUGGGGCAAUUAGCCUCUUUGGGAUAGCAGGAAACAUCCUUAACAUUAUAGUCUUUAGGAAACAAGGCUAUGCAGACACCACUAACAUCAGUCUGAUGGGUAAGUGCUCUGGCCUGGAAAUACUGCCAUUAUGUUUCACAAGACAGUAACAAACUUGAUUCCCUGAUCUGCUAGGAAGUUUACAUGAAUGCUUUCUUUUAACUUAAUUUAAUUUUUUUUUAGAACAGGGCCUUUUAUUUAAAUAUUAAAUUAAUUAUCAAUACAUCUAUCUGCAGCUUUUAGGUUUCAACAUUUCAGAGUUACAUAGUACCAACUUCAAUAUUUUGGCAAUUGUAUUACUAGCUCUGCAUAUAGUUAAAAUGUUCUUUCAAUUAACUUCUGAGACAAACUGGCCCUAGCUGAAAACUAAAAGCAUAUUUAUAAAAGCACAUUAAUAAAACUUAUAAAUUAUGCAAGCGUUGUUCUCACUCUAGGGCUGACCAUAGCAGAUUUGAUGAGCCUCUUGACGAUGUUAUGGACAAGCAUUUGUUAUAACCCAUUGUUUGCCAACUCAGGAGUUCCAUUUAACUCACUGGACCUCAUGUAUCUUUCUGGAGGCUAUCCCCAUACAUGUUUCAAUAGGUAUGCUAAUAGUUGUCAAAUAGCAAUUACACUAGAGACAAUUCAAAAUUAACAGUUGAGAAUGCAGUUGGCAAAGGGGUGUCUCUAAUUCUGACAAGAGGACACAAUAGGAUUGAGUGUUGGGAGCAUGUGAUACUAAUAAGUAGCUCAAUAAGAUAAAAAAAAAUCAAAUUUUAUUCAGGUACAUUAAAAAAAAACACUGAAGGCUGUCCUUUCAGCCAGAACUCUAAAAGUUUUUUGUUUUUUUUUAAUUAUCAAAUACUUAUCUCCCAUAUAGCUUGCCUAUUGUGGUAGGAAUUAAGACAUAAGCAAAUGAUGCAAAUUUUUUACUUAAAUUGUGAUGUGUGUGACUUAUCAAUGUCCAUGUACAAGUCAUAAAGCACAUGAGAAGAGUUAAGUAAAGACUAAAAAUAGCAUGGACAACCAAUGCCAGUGAAAUUAUGAGCCUAACCUCUGUCAUAAAAAAAACAACAAAUCUAUUCAAGGCAUACUGAAUGAAACAGAAAACGACAAAAUCUGGGGCAUAUUUUUCAAUUCAAUGCCAGAUGCUACUCAAUAGUUGCUAGUUCUGUUGGAAUAAAACUUAAAUUUUUUUUUUUUUACUCUACAGAAUAACAGGAUUCAUCACUGCUUUUAUCACCUUUGAAAGGUGCUUAUGCAUUGCCUUGCCACUCAAGGUAAAAACUAUUAUCACCCCGCACAGGACCAGGUGGACGAUAAUUGUUAUAUUCUUCUUCACCAUGGCAAUCUUCUCACCUUUCUACUAUGCAAACCGGUUAGAGUGGCAGAACGGGACCAUACUUCAUUUGGUGUAUGCCAAAGAAAGAGAGGCGGUCGAGUCAGUUAUAUUCUACAUUCAUAGUGUUGCACUCCAGGCCUUGUCUCUGCUAGUUGUCAUCGUUUGUACAAUUAUACUAGUUGUCCAGCUAAAUACCAAGAGCAAAUGGCGGAGUAGUGUGACAAAACCAGGCGCAAACGUUGAGAGUGCGUCAAUGAAAGAGAAAAGAGCUGUAAAGAUGAUAGCCCUUAUUUCUACAGUUUUUAUAAUUUGUUUCAUGCCAGGAUCACUCAUUUUUUUCACAAUGGCCUACGAACCAGAGUUUAAUUUUACAGGUGAUUUUAAGAACAUUUUCUUUGUUGUGUGGUCAGUGGCUUUUGUCCUGGAGACUGUCAACGCCAGUGUCAGUAUUUUAAUAUAUUUCAACAUGAGCUCUAAGUAUCACCAGGUAGUGAUUCAACUUGUUUACACACAACCCCAUUAGAAAACUACAUGCUAAAAGAAGAAUCACAGUUGCCAUGUUAACCUUAAACAUUUAGCGUGAAAAAUAUUGUAAACUGAUGGGAACUUCAAACUUUGCAUUUGCUCAUUUUGAGACAA